GAUUGCUGAAUGUCAACUUCCGUGCCGCCACGAAAAGUUGGCUUGAAUUUGCGGACAAAGCUUGGAGUAGUCCCGUCACUUGUGGAAUUAUCAUGAGUUCUUCUUCAAAGGUUGGAGAGAUCUUCACAGCUGCUGGGUCCGCCUUCAGCAAGCUGGGAGAACUCACGAUGCAGCUACAUCCCAGCUCUGACCAGGGAGCUGGGGGCACGGGAGGGAAGUGGACAGAUCAAGAGCUGGAAAUGCUCCGAGGUGCGGUCAAGCGUUUUGGGGAAGAUUUGAACAAAAUCAGCGAUGUGAUCAAGAGCAGAACAAUCUCUCAGAUCCGCACCCAGAUGAAACGCAAAGCGUUUGAGGAUGCGGGACUGCAGCCGCCGACAGCGGGGUCCAAAGGCGUGUCACAGGCAAAGGUGGUCACGAAACCUGUCCAGGCGGUGUCCGCGCAAGUCGUGGGGGAACCCCAGGCCAAGAAACAGAAGACAUCAGAGGUCACCCUGAGCGCACUGAACGCCCCCGAGGGAGACGUGGAUAUUGAGGGACUGGGGGACAACAGCGGUCACAAAAAGCUGGAUUUUGACUCAGAUGUGGACUCAAGCCUGUUGUGAAGGAAAGACUGAGAAGGAAAUGAAUGCAGGUGUGAGAAGAUGGAUGGAUGGAUACUUUUUGCUUUGUGGUGGCAGAUUGAGUGUGUCUGUCUGUUUUUGGUACAUGAUAGCAGGUGGAAGGUGUGUUUGAGAUUUGCUGGGGGGGGGGGGGGAGAUUGAGUAGGGCCCUUGCAUUUAUAUGUCUCAAAGCUUGGUGUUCUCACUUAAAGCAGUAUGAUAAAGUUAUCAUAAUAUAAUGUGUAAAAAAGUUGUUCCCGCUUCCGAUCCGGACAUAAUGUGUAUUUCUGCGCAAAAAAAUUCUUCAGGAGCAAUGUGGAGGUUUACUCUCAAUGAUUUAUGUCUUGUGUAAACUGGCUCUGGCAAAAUGAUAUUUUAUGUUUUAUAUAAUGGCAAGUGCGUAUGACUA